CAGUUGAUUUACAUACAAAUGGAAUUGGAUCAGGGGCAUUGGGAAUCGAUGAAGUGCACAAGUAAGAGAAGAAAAACAGACUGUUUUUUUAAACAGACCCGGAGCAAGGACAAAUAAAAGAAAUGGUAGAGGACAACAGUUCUGUGUAAGAAUAAAGGGCAAAGGUGUCUGGAGUCGCCCUAUGGUUAGCCUUACAGACAGAUGGUGUUAGACUCGGCCUAUUGAAUAGGUCCCCACUUGGAUACAGGUUCAGUGUGUGUGACUUGUUCAUAUUGACCAACCCAUGGGAUAGAAACCAAGAAGGAGGGGAGCAAAACAGCAAUAUUGUCAACUUCUUUGUGACAACAACAGACCAAAAUGGCAACAAAUCUGUUGCUAAGGUGUUAAUCAUUUUUAGAAAGUUAUUGGAAACUGAAAAGCAAUUUACUGGUGUUCUUAACAUUCAUGAGGAAAUUUUACAACUGAAACAACCCGCCGCCAAAGGGACUACAGACAAGACAUUUUGUAAUAACAAAGUGUAGUAACAACAAUGUCUACAGCUAAGAAGAAGGCCACCAUGCCAGUUGGAGACAAGAAGGGAGGAGAUGGAGCAUCCGAUUCUUCUAAAAGGCCAAGAUCCAAGUCUCCCAACAAAUUGAAGAAACGUAAAGAUGGUGGUACGCCAGAGAAAAGUCAAACACCCAAUCCUGAUGAGGCGUCUGAGGAUAGUGGACCUGCGCAGACCAAGAAUGUCAUCACAGGGGCCGAUGUCCUCAGUUUGGCUAUCAAGGAGGAUGACCUCCUCAAAUUGAGAGAGCCACACCCCCCAGAGACUAAAAAGACUCCUGUUACUCAGCCAGUGGUGGUCAGGAAAAGAAAACCGCAGUCGGAACUGGAUAAACCAACCCCGAGAGUAGUUACAGUGGCCAGACCUGCUCCACCAAAUGCACCCAUCAAGCCUGUUGACACCA